AUAGAAAGCUGGUGCAGCGAUGCGCGGAUCUUUAGUACGGCAUGAUACUCUCGUCGCGCCGGUUCUAUUAUCGCUGAUUGAGCAUCAAGUCCAUUAGUGGCGCGAUGAGUUUACGCUGUUUGUUGUUCUGCUUGGUGAUAUGGAUUCAUUCCAUCACGGCUGCUGACGUACAGGAGAAUGAAGUUGAAAAGUACGAGCCGACCUGGGCCAGUCUGGAUUCACGCCCACUUCCGCAAUGGUACGACGAUGCGAAAGUUGGAAUAUUCUUGCACUGGGGUGUCUACGCCGUACCCAGUUUUGGAUCGGAGUGGUUCUGGAUCAAUUGGCAAGGAAGCAAACUGGAAAAUUAUGUAGACUUUAUGUCCAAGAACUACAAACCGGACUUCACAUAUCAAGAUUUUGCGAGUGAUUUCACAGCUGAGUUGUUCAAUGCGACCGAAUGGGCCUUGCUUUUUGCCAAAUCCGGCGCUCGUUACGUAGUUCUGACCAGCAAGCAUCAUGAAGGAUUCACCUUGUGGCCCUCGAAAUAUACUUUCAGUUGGAAUUCACAGGAUGUGGGACCUCAUCGUGACAUACUGGAUGAACUUUCAACAGCCAUAAGGAAUAAUACCAAGCUUACGUUCGGAGUCUACUAUUCGCUGUUUGAAUGGUUCAAUCGUCUAUACAACGAAGACAAGCUGCACGUUUUCCUAAAACACGACUAUGUUGAUUUGAAGGUGUGGCCAGAGCUGAAGGAAAUGAUAACCAAGUACAAGCCGGAGGUCCUUUGGAGUGACGGCGACUGGGAAGCUCCCGAUGGCUAUUGGAAGGCCAAGGAGUUCUUCACUUGGUUAUACAACGAAUCACCUGUAAGGGACACUAUUGUAACGAACGAUCGCUGGGGCAUCGGCACCCUCUGCCUUCAUGGAGACUUCCAUACUUGCUCUGAUCGCUAUAAUCCAGGUGUCCUCCAGCCGCACAAGUGGGAGAAUGCGAUGACAAUUGAUAAGAAAAGCUGGGGUCAUCGUCAGAAUGCCAAGCUGGAGGAUUUUCUCACUUCGGACGAGUUGAUUGGACAGAUUGCGACCACGGUGAGCUGUGGCGGUAACAUUUUGAUCAAUGUUGGUCCUACGAAGUAUGGCACAAUUGAUCCCAUAUUCGAAGAACGUUUAACUCAUAUGGGUCGAUGGUUGAAAACUAAUGGAGAUGCCAUCUAUAAAAGUAGACCGUGGAAAUAUCAGAACGAUACCAUUACUCCCGAUGUAUGGUAUACCUCAAAAUCGAUAAAAACGGUGGACGAAGGCGUGAGUUUCACCAAUGUGUAUGCUAUCGUGCUCAACUAUCCGUUUAAAACCAACAGUGUGGACCUGGGCGCUCUGGAUAAGUUUUCCAGGAAGAUUGUACAAAUUUCCAUGCUUGGAUUCAAUGCUAGUCUUAAGUGGAAGCCGUUGCAGAAUGGAAUUCGUAUCGAAUUCCCAUCUAAGAACGAAAUUGAUCGUCUGCAACUUCGUCAUGCGUGGACGCUGAAAAUUGUGCUUUCUCCGUAAUAAAGAAAUUGACUAACUUCA